AUGGCUCAUGUUGUGUUCAACCAUGUUGGGGGCAAACCACCAAUGUUUGAUGGCACCACAUCUUUUGAUCAAUGGAAGAGAAAGAUGAAGAUGCACCUUGGUACCAUUCAUACCAAAGUGUGGAAUGUGACCGAGAAUGACUUUGUUAUCCUUGAUCCCGACAAUCUCACCGACAAGGAUGAAAUCAACCAACAAUGCAAUAAUGCCGCUCUUAAUGCUAUAUAUCAAGGGAUUGAUUCAAAAGUGUUUGAACAAAUCAAAGAUCUUGAGAAAGCAAGUGAAGUGUGGCAAAGAUUGAUUGAGAUAUAUGAGGGCAACCAAAAUGUCAAGAGUGCCAAGUUGUACAUGCUCAAGGACAAGCUAUUCAACUUCAAGAUGGAAAAAGAUGAGUCCAUUACGGAGAUGUUCUAUAGACUCCAAGUGAUUGUCAAUGAUCUCAAGAACCUUAGAGAGAAAGUGAAGGAUGAGGACUUCUCACAUAAGUUCCUCAUGUGCUUGCCAAAGAGAUUCUCUACUUUGAGAAGAAUGAUCUUUAGAGAAGGAUUGAGCAAGGUGACUCCAAAUGAAGUGCUUGGUGACAUAAUGACCGAUGCUCAAUACAAUGAUGAUCUUAGUGAAGGAGAAGAGGAUAAGAGGGAAAAUAAAGACGAGAAAGAGAAGAGUAUGGCAUUCAAGGCUUCAUCCUCCUCCAAGAACAAGAAAGAAGAGCCAAGUGAGGAAGAGAUUGAUAGUGAUGAUGAGGCUAUGGCUCUUCUAGUUCGCAAGAUGGGCAAGUUCAUGAAGAAGAAGGACUAUGGUGCAAGAAAGAGAAGAGAGUUCACCAAAGGCAAUGGCAAUGGAAGCCUUUACUUCAAAUGCAAGAGCCCUAAUCAUGUGGUGGCCACCAAGGUAACAUAUAAUGAUGAUGCAUGUGAUGAUGAUGAUUCUUGUAGUGAUGAUGAUGAGGAACCUUCUAAGGAGGAGCUCAUGGACAUAUGUGAGCAAUUAAAUGAAAGCUUCCAAAAUAAGAGAAAAGAGUGUAAGGGCUUACUCAAGAAAGUCCAAGAUCUUGAGAAGUACCUCAGGGAGCUCCAAGCAUCUCAUGAGUGUCUAAAGGAAGACCAUGAGGAACUUGAGAAUGCUCACACCAAGCUUGCAAAAGCUCACUCUAUUCUUCUUGAUCAAGCAAAGGUGGAGGACCUCUCCAUCCACCACAACCGACUCAAGCUCAAGUAUGAGUGA